AUGUUAACUCUAAAACAGCGUGCUCAAGGAUUUCUUCUAGCCUUUUAUGAGCACUACAUUUCCAAAAAUCCGGAUAUUUUACAUGAGGAUUUUGCGAAAUUCAAAAAUGGUGUGCAGACUCAAAGUUAUCGUGAGUUCCAGUUUUUUUUUCUCUCCUUGGAAAAUUUCAGUUUCAGAAGAUGCAGUAACUACGAUGCAAAAUUUGAGCGCAGAAACAAUCAAUCAACUUCAGGAAGGUGUAGAAGUUAUGAAAAAUUUUACAAAUUCGGAUUGGGAUUCGGAAUGGCGGGAUCGAAUUGUUGAAGAUGUUGGUUUUGGAGUUUUGGAAAUUCGAAAAUCUCAAAAUAAUUCGAUUUUCAUUGUUACUGAUGAAAAUAUUGAGGGUGGUUAUAAAAUGCUAAAGUAUGUUAGACAUUAG